UCUCACCCUCUCUCUCCGUCCUCUUCCUCCUCCCAUCUUUUCGUCUCAUUUCUGUCUGUCACUUUCUGUUUGUGUCAUGUAGCUUUCUUGCUUGAUGGUGUUUGAUUUUUUUUCUUCAGUCCUCUUAAGGUAUUCUUUCUUCUGUCAGUUUUGUGACUAGAUUGUGUAGUUGUGUCUCUGCUUUACUUUCAGUUUUCUGCUGACAACACUGCAGGCUAUUUUUUACUUUGUCACAACUCCAUGUCCUUCUAGUUUUUCUGUGUUAUUGCUUUAUUAUUGUAUUGUCCCACCCUCCUUGUCUAUUUUGUCUGCUACUGCUUUUGCUUCACCUGCCUCUCUCCAUCACCUUACUACAACCUCCCUCCAGCCUCUUUUCUUCCACUGAAGCUCUUCUAAUCUCUGACUAGCUCAACACUUCAGCGCAAUGGGAAAGACAGAGCUGUACUCUUUCUAUAAGGGUUUUCUGGACUGUAUUUGCCUCUGCCUCUCUCGGAGCAGCACUGAAACUGCAAGCGAUAAAGAGAGAGACACUGAGAAUGGCCACCUGAUCUACAAAAGUGGGGAUGUCCUGGAAGACAGAUAUGAGAUAGUCAACACCUUAGGUGAGGGUACUUUCGGGAAGGUGGUACAAUGUUUGGACCACAGCAGAGGAGGAAGUCGAAUCGCUCUGAAGAUCAUUAAGAACUUGGACAAAUACAGGGAAGCAGCCAAACUGGAAAUCAAUGUGCUGGAGAAGAUCAGAGAGAGAGAUCCUGACAACAAGCAUCACUGUGUGCAGAUGCUGGACUGGUUUAACUACUACGGCCACAUUUGCAUCUCUUUUGAGCUGUUGUCUCUCAGCACCUUUGACUUCAUGAAAGCAAACAACUACCUGCCUUAUCCCAUUAACCAAAUCCGACACAUGGCCCACCAGAUCUGCCACGCUGUCAGCUUUCUCCAUGACAACAAGCUGACUCACACCGACUUGAAGCCUGAGAACAUCCUCUUUGUCAAGUCGGACUACUCCCUCAUAUACAACGCUGAGAAGAAGUGCAAUGAGAGGAGAGUAAAUGACACCACAGUGAGGCUCGUUGAUUUUGGCAGUGCUACAUUUGACCAUGAACACCACUCUGCCGUCAUUUCCACGCGUCACUACCGAGCUCCAGAGGUCAUACUGGAGUUGGGUUGGAGCCACCCUUGUGAUGUGUGGAGUAUCGGCUGCAUCCUGUUUGAAUACUACGAAGGCUUCACACUGUACCAGACUCAUGACAAUAAGGAGCAUCUUGCUAUGAUGGAGAGAAUACAGGGACCAGUUCCUCAGAGAAUGAUUCAGAGGAGCAGAAAGAAUAAAUAUUUCCACCGUGGUCAUCUUGACUGGAAUGAGUGCUCCAAGGCCGGACGUUAUGUGAAAGCCAAGUGCAAACCAUUAAGGGUGAGCCGUGCAGGAAGGAGUCAAGUCUGGAGGAGCAGCUGUGAUAUGAGCAGAUGACCCUGAAUAACCACUUACUUACAUUACACAUGAGAACUGUGCCAAUAUGCUUGCAAGUUUUAGUUUCUCAACUACAAAUCAUGUAUACUUUAUAUUACAUCAUUAAAAAAUAAUUUAGUGCACACAGAAGGACAAGUAGAAGAAAGUGUUAAAGAUGUAAGGAAUAAAUUAGUAAAUUAUUGGUUAAUCAUG